UGAAUAUGCCCAGUUCAUUUUCAGGCGGGAUGACGGUCUGUCAGAAGACCAAAACAGUGGUUACUCUGUAGCUAGUUAAUUUUAACAGUUUUUAUUUUUCUGACAAAUUAUCCUGCCAGUUUCUUGUUGUAGCACAUUUUAGCACGAUUUUUAUUUUAAAUGUUAUUUUGUUUUGUCCUUUUUCAUUGAUCUUUCAAUUAAAAGCAUUCACAUGGAAAAUAAAGCAUGCUAACGUUAGCUAUCGGGAUAAAAUAAGAUGCAUUUGUGAUCGUUUCCUCUUUUGGCUUUACGUUAGUUGACCUUAUAAAAUAUAUUGAAAUGGACCGGCCUUCAAGGAGUAAGAAGCCGGUAAAUUAUUCUGACAUACAAGAAUUUGAUGACGAUGAAGAUUUUGCUUGUGUAAAAGCACCUCCCAACAAAAAGGCCAGAGUGUCUGGGAAGGAGCCGGAGCUGAAGAGUUCAAAGCCAGCGAGUAAGAGUGCAAGCCAGGAGUCCAGAAACUGUAAGGAAAGAUUAUCUUUGGAUGACAAACUCUAUGACAGAGAUUUAGAAGCAGCCCUUACAUUGUCUAUGCUCAAGACCCCAGAGGCAGUAGCGGAACUGUCACCCAAUGACAAAGGUGGAAAGGACCAGCCCCUCUCAGAAGCCCAAGCUGUGUCUCCAUCGCUUUUGCUCUCAAACUGCAGCGUGGACGCCAACCUCUUGGGCCCGGAUAAGAUCACGGGUGAGUGUGGUUCCCCUAGCGCCCCCUCCAGGCCAAGGCAGGCCGCCUCCAAGGCUGCGGAGCGCCAGAGGCACGUGCAGCAGGAGGAGAGGGGCAGAAAAGAUGAGGACUACCAGCCCACCUGCACACCAGAUUCCGAGAGCGAUGCAGAUUUCAGCGGCGAGGAGGAAAGUGACGACGAGGAAUUCACUGUGAAGAAAGCGGAGAAGAAGAAACCGAAAAAGGCAGAGAAACCGAAGAAGGAGAAAAUGGCCGGGCCACCAGCCCUAAAGAAGGACAAGAAGCCGUCUAAAUCCCCUAAAUCCAAGAUACAAGCUGCAGCAUCUCCUGUAAGACGUAGGCCGUCAGAUGUCGUGCCUGUGUCCGUUACAAAGAAGCCAGCUUCAAGUCCCCCGGUGUCCAGACCUGCAGUCUCUCUCAGUCCAGCAGGGGGCAGACUGCCUAAGUGGAACCCUCCAGCUCAAAUUGGAAGGAGUCCCGGCACCUCACAGAGUGUCCAGGGAAAGUCUCCGGGGCAAGGGCUGCGUUUGGGGCUGUCCCGCCUGGCCCGGAUCAAGCCCCUGCACCCUAGUGCUGCGGGACACUGACUGCCCCCCCCCCCCAAACUCUGUGAAAAACAGUGUGUGCACACUGGCCACUUUUUUAUUUUGUCUGUUUUUAAAAAAGUCAUUAUUUCUCUGUAAUGCUGGAUGUAUUUAUUGAACAGUAGAUUGGCAUAGCCUAUGCUCUUCUGCUGCAUGUGAACUGUUUGAACAACCUUAGCACCAGCAUCAGUGGGAACCUCAUAUUAUUUUAGCUGUAGUGCUGCUGCUACAUUUGGUUGCAGCGAUGCAUUUCAUUCAGUAAACGUUUCAGUAAUUUCUCAGAAUACUCUCAGUCUACUAAGGAAGCUAUUUUUUUUUUAGCAUUUUUGCCCUAAAUUGCACCAGAAAUUCCAUUAAAAUUUUACAACGGUGCACUAGCUCCCCCUGCUGGAUGGCUCCGUGGCCGUGAUUGAAGUCUCCCGAAUCGGGCCGUACUAACAAAACAUCUGAGAUUGGGGGUGCUGUUCUAUACCAGGUUUCCCCUGUCUGUAUCAUAAUCUUAUGAAUUAUGUGAUAACAGACGAUUCUUUAUCUUCUUCAGAAGUCAUCUAUGGGAAGAAGACAUUUUGGAACAGGUUAGUUUUGGAAUGGAAAGCUCUUGCUGAUGAUAAGGCUUCUGCCAUCGAGUGUACGAUGGAGGUCAGGUUCUAGACUUACAGGCAAGCAUUUGAAAUGCACAAACAUGCAUGCACGCUAAAUACUUGUCACAUGUCCUAAAACAUUUGUAUUUUACAAGAAUUCUUUAUGCUGAAUAAUAUUUUACCAAUAGCUUUUGCUGACUUUAUUUUGUGUGUGUAUGGUUAGCAAAAUUGUAAAUUUGUACAUAGAAAUGUAAUAAAUUCUCUACCUUGGAAUAAAA